ACUCCACGUGGGUCAAAAACCAAGGUCUUAGGAAAAAAGAGAAAAGAAAGAAGAAGCCCUAAACUUUGGUCUCAACAAUGGUGGAUGGGUCGAGAGACGUGGAUGUGGAGAAGCUGAUCUCCUUCAGCAAAGAUCUCGUUCAGUUCUUGAAGGACGACAAAGAUGUCGGCUUCUUGAAACAGUGUUUGGAGCAAUCUAAUGCCGUUCAAUUACAGUGCCUUUCUGAAUAUCAAACCCUUCGGAGUUCCAUUCAAGAUUAUGAGGCAAAGAUAAAUAUGUGCAAUCAGAGAAUAGCAGAAGCACAAUCUGAAGCUGCUGGAGAUGCUGAAAUAGAUACACUGCAGAAAGAGAGAGAACAGAAGCUUCAAAUAGAACAGCUGCUAAGGGAAGAACUUAGAGUUAUAACCGAUGAGAUCGAUGAUUUAGAUCAUCAAAGAGCCUCUAUUGAGGAGCAAAUGCAGUCACUUGAGAAACUUGAGCGAGAUCAACUUCGAGCAGAGAUGAAGUUAUCAUUGUAUGCCUCUGUUACAUGUAUCAUUCCAGACUUGUAUGAUCAAUCAAAAAUAUCAGGCCAUAUUGUGGAAAGAGAUAACAAGGUGCUUGAAUAUUUUGAAUUGGAUCCAUCGAAGCUGACUGCCUUUGACGCUAGUAACAGCAUCUGGAAGAUGAUAACGUUGUGAGAAUUGGAUUCCUCUUGUGUUUACUUGUCAAUUCUCUUGCAAUCUGCUUUCUGGGAGACGAAACAAAUUUCUGAGCAUCCGCACUUUUUUUUUCUUAAUCUUUUUUCCCUUUUUGUUUGUUUUGGUUUACACUCAUUGUGUGGAGGCAACCCUGAGAUGUUGCUUGUUUCUUGUAACUACCUUUAAGUUGUAUCGAAUGAUUGCAUGUAAUCAACUAACCAGCUAUUUUUAACGGAUAAUUUUAGAUACCCCUCCUUUCAAUUCGUAA